GUUGCUUUUGAAAAUAUUGGUAAAACUAAGUAUAUCUUUUGUGGCAUAGACUCGAAAGUUUGAAAGUUUGAAGAAUUCUAUGUUUAAGCGAUCUAACCAUGUAUUAUCUAAGUUUAAGUGUUUGUUUUCUCGUUUGUUUUGCAACCUCUGUUUAAGCGUUUUGGCAGUUAUGUAUAAGUGAUAUAUUAGAAAACCGCGGAAAACUAGUAUAACUAGGUGUAACUAUGAUAGAAAUCGGCAUAAUCCGAAAAUUCCCAACUACAUAAGUCUUAAUAGAAACACGGUCACCAAAAAUUAUAUAGCAGAUAAUGCUUCUCAAAAUAUAUUAGUGAAGAUAACAAAUAUUUGCGAACCUCCAAAUAAGAAAACUCAUUGUUUUAUGAAAAAAUAUAUCAUCGUAUAUAGUCUUUCAAAGAGCACUUUGUUAAUAAGAUCAGCUUAUAAAGAAGUAUUCUAUAGUUUUCAUGAUUUAAAAUAUGUUAUUGCACUAAUCAUUUAUGCUUACAUGACAAUGCAGAAAAAUGACAAGUAGAACUUUCUUUACAAAUUAAAAUUAUAGGUAAAACUAAAAAAUGUUGAAAUCACGAAAAGUAGAACUAUGAUGAAAAUUGGUAACACCAGAAACUUCAGUAUAACUAAGAGCAAAUAUUUUGGAGGGAGAAUAAAAAAAAUUUCGCGCCUAAACGAGAAAAGCCAAAUUUUCCAAUCCAAUUAUUUUGGUCAAAAAGUAGAUUCCCUCUGCUCUUUUACCUGUGUCUCGUCUUUUACUAUCUUUUCCCAAACACUUUUUCACUUCCCCACCACUCUCUAUUUCAACUCUCUCUCACCAUUCAUACACCUUCUCUUUAUCCAUUCUGUUUCUAUAUUCUCUGAAGAUUCACGGUUUUACUCUUUCCCUUUUACUGAACAUGACUCAUCCGUAUGAAGAGAUGAAGGAGAUGAAGAGGCUGAAGAAACACUACGACAUGUUAGGGUUCGUUGCCGAUGCCCAAUAUGGAAUUCCCACCCGUUGCCCAUGCGGUGGUGAAAUAAUGAUGAAUGUUUCUCCAACUCCGAAGUACAAAUCAGAUUUCGAUACCUUGCCUGGGAGUAGGUACUUCACCUGCAAGAAUUAUGAGGACGAUGGGUUACACUUUCGUCAGCCAUGGGCUUUUGGUGUUCAGCAAGAAGUGGAGCGCCUAAGGGGAGAGGUGAAAGAGUUGGCUGAAGAGAUUGCUAAGCUUAAGAGGCUCAUUACCUCGACCUCCCGUCCAUGAGUUUCUCAACCUCGCAAGUUCUGAGUUCAUGUGCUAAAAACUUUGUCUUCCCUAACUAUCUAUUUUUCUUAUUUCGGUUAACACAAGUCUUUGUUUGUCUUGUUAAGACUUGUGUAAGUUUAUGUGUUCAAACU